AUGUUUGAUUUUGAAGUUACAAAUUGUGAUAACAGACCUGACAUUUCGGAUGCUCAAUUUUUUAGAAGGAUGACUGGUUAUGCUAAUUUUUCUCAACUAGAUAUUGAUAUCAUUAGUAACAUUACUGGAAAGACACAAAUUAAUGGAAAUUGGACUCUCGUUAAUGAUAAGAUUAAUUUGAACAUGUCUGGUGAUCUUUCCUUGAAUGAAACUUGGCAAAAUUUACUUCCUUCUACGUGCUAUAUGUGCCAAACUGAUGGGUGUUAUGGCGAGGAUUUCGUACCAAUUUUGGAUUACUUUAUCAUUCCUCAAUUCCUAAUUAUAGUAAUUUAUUUUUUAUUGUUAUUCGGUUUGAAAGUUUACAAAAAACCAUCAAUCAAAAGAAGAAUUGGAAUUCCAUACACAUCACUUCUAAUAUUGGGUAUCAUGCUUACAUUCACUGGACUAUCCAGAACUUGUGUUGGAUUUUGGUAUAGCGUUUCUUUAUUUUGCUUUUUUUGGUGGGUUACCAUUUAUGGAACCACCAUUGUUCGGUUCUAUUAUUUGCGAAAUUUAUACUCUCUCAUUGUAAUGUUUCCAAAGAGAGAAAAGUUAUUGAAAAUGCUCGCUUCUCAAAAGGCAGGAUUGCUAGUGACCGUAGUUCUUACCUUCCCAAUUUCACAUUUACUGAACUUGACAAGCGUUUACUAUUUUGUGAAUGAAAGCAAGAUAGCAGCCGAUGUUUAUAGACCUAUUAUUUUAUUAGCUGCUAUUCUUAUUUUGUGGAUUUUUUGUGGACUUUGUUUGCUAUUAGAUUUGUUCUUGCAAAGAAAAAACAUGCUAAAGGGAGGAGGUAUUCGAAAGUUCUUCUUUUUCGACGAUCCUUUCUAUUUUAGAGUUGAUUUAAUUUCGACUUUUAUACCACUUUUCAUUGGAAUUCUAACUGGAAUUGAAAAUUCAGUAGUGAGCUCGUCAAAUGUGGAAACUAUUCAAAAUUUAUCAAUAUUUACAGGAAUUUUCAACACUUUACUUUGUUUGAGUUUCGUCCAAAUUAGUGGAGGAAAUGUUUUAUUGAUUGAAAUUUACAAAAUGAUAACAAAACGAAAGGAAAUGUCAAAACUGGAUUGGGAUCAAGAAUUGAAAAAUGCAGAUUUACUUGUACUUUUAAAGGAAUACUGUGAAAAGGAGUUUAGUUCAGAGAAUUAUGAAUUUUACAUCAAGUUGAAAUCGCUACAGGGUAGAAAGUUUGUCAAGUUCAAAGAAUUACAAGAAAUUGAAGCUGAAUUUAUUAGAAACUAUUCAAAAUAUGAAGUGAACCUUCCUUUCACUUGCAGGAGGAAGUUUUAUUCACUUUUAGAAAAGUGUGAAGCUGAAUCUCAGAUUGAAUUUGAUUUAGUUUGGAGAUGUGUUGAAACUGAUUUGCUGUUGAACCUCCAGGAUACUUUCAAUCGUUUACAACAAACCUCAACCUAUUCUAAAUGGUUAUCCGUUCAAAAUUUGAAAAAAACUAAUAACAUUUAA